AUGACCAGCACGUCCAGCCACUCCCGAACCCACAGGGCAGAGCCAACAGAGCGCCCAGCCCCCGAAGCCCGUCACCAGACAGCAGCCACAACCAGGCAAGCAGGGCAACAAAACACAUCCCACUCCAACACCAAGGCCGCCACCAAACCGCACCCGACCCAAAACGGCAGGCCCACCCAAAUGCAAGCUCCAGGCCAUGAUAGGUACAUGCACCCCCCCCCCCAUAGACAGGCAAACAGAGACCACCGGGCCAGCUGGGCAGUGAAGCAGACCCCACGAUGCACCACCCCGCCCACUACCAUGCCCAAGGGAAAGACACUGGCCCAGCAAGCCGAAGGGCGCCACAGAAAGUCCCCAGCACACGGAGCAAAGAGGUCACACCCCCAUCCAGAGACGCAGACCCCCCUACAUCCAGGUCAGCAAAGCAAAAAUGAUAGAGCCAAGCCAGACCGCAGAUCCCCCCGAGCCAGCACCACAGCAACACCACCCAUCCUUCUGUGCAUUCGUAGGGGCACGGCGAGGACCACUAACCCCAAGCACACCGAACCCACCAGGAACCAUCCAGCAAACGAGCAAACCCCACCCCAGUAUGAGGCCGAGACGCCCGACGCAAGCGCAGAGCCCAGCGACGCCCGCCCUGCCGCACCCACGCCGGAGGUCAGAGCCGCCGUGCACAGAACCACCACCCCAACACCACAGCACGCCAUACAGUGGAGGACGGAAUGCAGCAAAGAGCACCCAAAGCAAAAGCUGCACACAAAGCCCACACUGCGCAAAUGUGCCCCUACCAGCCCCCCAAAAACGAAGCCCCCCAUGAAAGUGCACCCCCACGAAAAGAAGACCCGCACCAUCCAGGUCCUAGAACAUGCCUGA